UAACUUUAUAGCAAGUUAAGUCAAAGGUUUUUCUUCUUGUUUAGAUUUCUUGAAUUUUGUUGGAAUGAUGUAGCUCUUGACUUGGAAAAAAGAUCCUAUUUUUAGAAACUGAUGGUUUGAUUAGCUAAAUUUUGGUUCAAAUUUGUAGUUUAAGUUAAUUUUAGUGCCUUCUGAGGAAAUCCCUCUUUUUAAGUAAGUCUGUCGAGGUGAAUGAAGUUGGUUUAUGGUCAAUUUUCUGGAUAGCCAAGAGAGGGGCUUGAUCUGUAUUCUACUUAAAAGUUUACUGUUUUAGUUCUUUUCUUGAUCUGAUCCCAGCUGACCUUUGUCUCUGGGUACUGUUUUAGUUGCUUUUUUUGGUCUAUUUUUGGGCCCCCGGGGGUAGGGGGAGGUAGUUGUGGCAGAGGUGCUAGAGUGAGCCUUGAUUCCAAAAGGAAAUGUCUGCUCCUAUUAUGGAUGGUCAUGAUACAGUUACUGGUCACAUAAUCUCAACGACUAUUGGGGGCAAGAAUGGAGAACCCAAGCAGACUGUUAGUUACAUGGCAGAGAGGGUUGUGGGGACUGGAUCUUUUGGAAUUGUUUUCCAGGCAAAAUGUCUGGAAACUGGAGAAACUGUGGCUAUAAAGAAGGUUUUACAGGACAGGAGAUACAAGAAUCGUGAAUUGCAGUUAAUGCGCACAAUGGAUCACCCAAAUGUGGUGUCUCUAAAGCAUUGUUUUUUUUCAACUACUAGUAAAGAUGAGCUUUUUCUCAAUUUAGUAAUGGAGUAUGUCCCUGAGUCAAUGUAUCGGGUUCUAAAGCAUUAUAGCAACAUCAACCAGACGAUGCCACUGAUUUAUGUUAAACUGUACACCUACCAAAUUUUCAGAGGUCUAGCUUAUUUGCAUAAUGUUGCUGGAGUAUGCCAUAGAGACUUGAAGCCCCAAAACGUUUUGGUUGAUCCUCUUAGUCACCAAGUGAAGAUUUGUGAUUUUGGAAGUGCGAAAGUGCUAGUGAAGGGUGAAGCAAAUAUCUCGUACAUUUGCUCAAGGUUUUAUCGUGCUCCGGAACUCAUAUUUGGGGCCACAGAGUAUACAUCCUCCAUUGAUAUCUGGUCAGCUGGAUGUGUCCUUGCCGAGCUUCUUUUGGGACAGCCACUAUUUCCCGGAGAGAAUGCCGUUGACCAGUUGGUGGAGAUUAUAAAGGUUCUUGGUACACCAACUCGAGAAGAAAUUCGUUGUAUGAAUCCAAAUUAUACUGAUUUUAGGUUUCCUCAAAUUAAGGCACACCCAUGGCACAAGGUUUUCCACAAAAGGAUGCCUCCUGAAGCAAUAGACCUUGCGUCACGACUGUUGCAGUAUUCGCCAAGUCUUCGUUGCACUGCUCUAGAAGCAUGUGCACAUUCUUUCUUUGAUGAACUGCGUGAUCCUAAUACCCGAUUACCAAAUGGACGUCAUCUGCCGCAGCUGUUCAACUUUAAACAAGAGUUGUCUGGAGCCCAUCCAGAUCUUAUAAACAGGUUGGUACCAGACCACAUAAAAAGGCAAAUGGGUAUACAAUUAAUGCAUCCCACCGGGACAUGAGUCGAGGUUCUACUUGUUGGGUGAAUAUGAAGGGGUACAAGUGAUCUCUACGCCAAAGUUUUUGCCUGAACACAGGCAUCUCUUUGAUGUUGCGCCAAGUACAGACUAAGGAAGCUGGAGGGCUCCUCAAGAAUUGUUUCUCUUUCUCCUUUUCGAGUUUCUUCUUCUCGCUAUUUUUAAGCGAAUAUCCCCCCGAGUUAAGCACGUAAUUGUUGUACAUGUUCAGUUGUUGUUACUUAGAAGCCAGGUUUUCAGCAAAUGAGGUAUUUAAGUAGGCAGCUAGCCCUCUAAAGAACAGUGGGGUAGUAAUUAGCUGGAUUGAUUGUUGAUUUUUGAUUCUGAGUUGCUGUAUUUAGUGUUUGUAAUCGAUAAAAACUACAUUGUAGCAAAAGAUGUUACUCUUGUGAAGUAAUGUAUCUUUAUUGUUUCCUU